UCCAGAGAGAUAUGUCACAAGGUUGCCUCUAAAAAUGGCGGCCGACGUAAACAUCAGCGAAAUAGAAAUAUUAAUUUUCUGUAAUGAUGAUUUACGUCUGGCAACAUAUCUUGUUGCCAUGUUACGAAAAAAAGACGCCCGGAAUAUUCGAUUAUGUUACCCCGCACACCUAACACAAUAUGCGAAUAUUAUGGAUGCGAUCGGGAUCCCAGGUUGUUGGGAAACACAGGCUCAAUAUGAAUGGAGUGUAUCUAGUAUUAUGCUAUAUAAUAAUUUUGAAAAGCAGGAAAUGCUUCUCAAUGCGUGCAUUAGCCAAAAUGUUUCCUUAUACAUUACCUGGGACUCUGGCAUGGAGCUGGAACCUUAUGUUUCGGAUAAACGAUGUCCGCGAACUCGAUUGCAUAAACGUUUAAUCGACCACCAAGCAAAGGUGGACAAGCAUCAUGGAUCAAUGCGAUGGAUCUUAUUUCAAGUGGGUAUUUUUGACGAAGAAGUGCUUAAGCACGACAUUUCGACCAUCACAACGGCGUUCAACAGUCCAAAUCAAUAUAUUUUUUUAAACGUUACGGUCAAAGAAGAUUUGGCACAGUUGGUUGCCGAAGCUAUCGCGUCAGAUAAAGUCCUACCUAAUAGAAAUUAUGUAGUCGGAGAUUUCGUCGCUCACACGUUUCUUGGUCAUGUCUAUCAAGUUGCAAAUAACG